UUAAUUCAUCAAAAACUUACACUACUACCUUACCAUAUCCAUCAAUGGCUUCCACAAACAAAAUGGUGUCUCUCUUUGCACUUCUUGUGCUCUGCUUUGCUGCAAGUGCGACCACCACCAAAGCCCAAGGACCCAUACGCACCGAUAUCGAAUUUUACUUGCAUGAAAUCAUAAAUGGGACGGACCCAACAGCCGUACCCGUUGCGGCUCGGUCCAACUACACCGGCACAAAUCCAUUUGCUGCAAUUUUUGGGACCAUUUACGUCAUUGACAACCCACUUAGGUCAUCGGGAGACCCGAAUUCGACUUUGGUGGGUCGGGCACAAGGGCUUUACAUUUUCGCUUCGCUUAGUGAGCCUGCACUUUUCAUAUCUGCUACUUAUACUUUCGUCUCCGGAGAUUACAACGGCAGCUCAUUUAGCGUGGUUGGCCUGAAUAAGGUAAGAGAUCCGGUGAGGGAAAUUCCGGUUGUUGGGGGAACCGGAAAGUUUCGGUUUGCGUCCGGGUACAGCUUUCUUCGGACCUUCUCUGUGGAUAGCUUGAAUAAUAAUAUAAUCGGGUAUAAUGUCACCUUGCGCCACUAUUAAGCUGGUGCCUACUUGUACACUUACUAUAGUUUCCGAUAUAUUUGCUUUUGUGAUGGUCUUGUAAUAAAUUAAUAAUGGUGAAGUUAAGAAAAAAAAAUUAAUAAUGGUGGGAUUUGGGUUCGUUUCAGGUUUGUGUGAAUUAUUGUAAUAAAAUUGAAAAUCUUGUAUGGAAUAAAUAAUAUUUGGGUGGUAAAUAUCAUUGCUUUCAUCAA